UGUCUGACAAGCUCAGUACGAGUUCGACUUUUAGGUGUAGCUGACGUUAUUUCCACCACGGUGGUCGACAUCGAUUUUUCCGUACUUUUCCGGUUAAAAAAAAAGUUCUCUUAUAUUUCGGAGUGUAUGUACAUAUGUACAUCUUAAUAGUGUUUGUAUGUGCUUAACCGUUUUUUAUGCUAUGCCUGGGUCAUAUACACAUCUUCAGUAGUUGUGUGAAGCCAGUGCGCCUAAAAUAUAACACCGGCCAAGGAGUUAUUAUUAAAGCCAUAACGAUUUUUCAAGUUUGCCAACCGGAUCGAUGCGUUCCGUUAUUUUCUACUACCACUUUUGUACUUUUCACGAGUACUAAAAAUUUGUUGUUGCCCGUUGUCGUAUGGCCCUUACAUUGCAUUGUAGCGAAAAAAGUCCAAAUACUGUCGGCAGACGACUCGCACGUGUCGCGAAUUGUUUGUGUUAAAGUGCCACUGUGGACUGUGAAUAAAAAACUAUUAAAUUGGUAGUCAUUAUUAUUAUUUUUUGAAUACUCGUUUUUAGAAACGUUCUGAUUCGAGCAAGUAAAAAAAGCAAUAAGAAAAUGUGUAAAUAAGUCAAUUCGAGUAAUAAGCUUUAAUAGUUUGCAAAAUGUGGAAAAAUCGAUAAUUACUCUCAACCAACGUUAACAAUACCUUGCAGCGAAUCGACAAUUACGGUCUUCUUCGGUUUCUCCAGAAAAGAAACAAUUAAACUAUACUCUUAAAUCAACGUUCAAGAACUUUUUACAAUUAGUUCGUAACAAAAAGUAAUCGAGUUUAAAGAAAUUAUAUACACACAUACAUUUGCAUAAAAUCAAUACAGCUCGUGAAACUUAAUUCUCUCAAGAUGUCUGUGAUGACGCCAGAAAAAUCGCUUUUAGCGUACUUUAAUCACUUUAUAGUGAGCAACUUUUCAUAUUUACUGGAUGAGAUUGAUGGCUAUUUAUAUUAUUUUGGCGGCACUGCAGGCGUUGUGACCUUGACUGGUCUCGCUGCUGCGACAGCCUAUUAUUUCGCAUCACGUCCCAUACCGGAAAAGCCGUUAGUGCCUCUGGAUAAUCAAGCGCCCAUUUUGGAGGGUCCUGAUCACAUACAUGUCUCGAAAUUCUACAAAGAAGCCAAAAAUGGCAAAUUCAUCAGCUACAUUACCGAGAAUGUGCGCACCCUGUAUCAGACAUUUCGCGAAGGUGCCUACUCCUCGAACAAUGGACCGUGCUUGGGUUGGCGCGAGACUCUCACAUCACCAUAUCAGUGGAUCAAUUACGAUGAGGCGUUGUUGCGCGCCAAAAAUUUCGGCGCUGGCAUGAUUGCCUUGGGUGCGCGUCCCAAGCAGCUGGUUGGCAUUUAUUCACAGAACCGGCCUGAGUGGAUUCUCUACGAACAGGGUUGUUACUGCUUCUCGUUGGUCGUUGUGCCGCUGUACGAUACGCUCGGACCCGAAGCGUGCGCGUUCAUUAUGCGUCAAACGGAAAUGUCGCUAGUUGUUGUGGAGGACGAUGCUAAGGCUUUGCUGAUUUUGGAUAAGGCGCCGCCCACUCUGAAGAUUGUAGUCGCUAUCAAGCCAAUACGUCAACAAACAUUGGAUCGCGCUAGAAGUCGUGGUAUACAGAUCUUCUCGUUCAUCGAUGUUGAGAAAUUGGGCGCCAAGGGCAACCAUCCAGAGGUGCCACCGGUCUCCGAGGACUUGUGCACCGUUUGCUACACAUCCGGCACAACAGGCAAUCCGAAAGGUGUAAUGCUGACGCAUGGCAAUGUGGUGGCCGGCGUGUGUGCGGUGAUCUUGCAAAUGGGUGAACACCGAAUUCGCGCCGGCGAUGUAAUGAUAUCGUUUCUGCCGUUGGCUCACAUGUUCGAGCGCUGCUGUGAGAAUGGCAUCUACUAUGUAGGUGGUUGUGUUGGCUUCUACUCGGGCGACAUCAAAGAGCUGACCAAUGACCUAAAAAUGCUGAAACCGACCGUUAUGCCGGCUGUGCCGCGUCUGCUCAAUCGAGUGUAUGACAAAAUCCAGAAUGAAAUUUCCUCCUCGGCGAUUAAGCGUACGCUGUUCAACAUGGCGCUCAAGGCCAAGGAAAAUGAGUUGUCGCGUGGAAUUAUGCGACGAAAUGGUUGCUGGGACAAGCUGGUUUUCAAAAAGGUACACCAAGCUUUUGGUGGAAAUCUGCGUUUAAUGGUAGUCGGAUCGGCGCCGCUAGCCGGUAACGUAUUGACAUUCAUGCGUUGUGCAUUAGGUUGCCUGGUGUUGGAGGGUUACGGUCAAACAGAGUGCACCGGCGCCAUCACGCUGACCGUACAAGGCGACUAUGUGCCGAAUCACGUGGGUCCUCCGGUGUCCUGCAACGCAGUCAAACUUGUGGAUGUGCCGGAGAUGGAAUAUUUUGCCAGCCAAAAUACUGGAGAAGUGUGCGUACGCGGUUCUAAUGUGUUCCAUGGUUACUAUAAAGAUCCCGAGAAAACUGCUGAGGCCGUCGACUCUGAAGGCUGGCAUCACACAGGCGACGUCGGCAUGUGGCUACAGAAUGGCACGCUACGCAUAAUCGAUCGCCGCAAGCAUAUUUUCAAGCUCAGCCAGGGUGAAUAUAUUGUACCAGAGAAAAUUGAGAAUAUUUACACGCUGAGCCAAUAUGUAAAUCAGGUGUAUGUCUAUGGCGAAAGUCUCAAGAGCUGCGUCAUAGCUGUUGUCGUGCCUGAUGUGGAUGUGCUCAAGCAGUGGGCCAAUGAGAAUCGUGUUAGGGGCACACUAUCUGUGCUGUGUAAUAACCCACAAGUGAAGGAGCUCAUCAUGGGCGAUAUGUUGAAUUGGGGAAAACAGAGCGGACUUAAAUCCUUCGAACAGGUAAAGGAUAUCUACUUACAUCCCGAUCCAUUUUCCGUGCAAAAUGGGCUAUUGACACCCACAUUCAAAGCAAAGCGACCGCAAUUGAAGAGCUACUUCAAGCCUCAGCUAGAUGACAUGUACAAACAUUUAGAUUAAAUUUAAGAUACAACUGUAUUCCGUUCUCUAAAUGCAUUAAGCUGAGAGGUACUUGAUGAACGAGUGCAGCGCGAGCGCGAAGUGUAUUGAAUGAUGGCAAAAUAUAUGCCAAAAGGGAGGAUGCACCAUGAAAAUGAGGAUAGUCGUAUCUACAUAAAGGUUAUUCCUGCUCAGUUAAAUUAAGAAUGGGAGAGACCCUUGAUAGCAAAAAGUUCAUAAAAGUUACAAGAAAAUUUACAUAAGUAUGUAUUUUAAAAAGCUUAAAACCUAUACAGUGUCUGAAAUAUGCGAUUUCGAGAGAGAAACACUAGUCGAUCAUAAAAUAGUUAAUUUCACCGCAGUUUAAAUAUUUAUAAAAUAUAUUAAAAUAUAUAUGUAUUUCAAAUGGCCAGAUUGAAAAAAAAAACAAUUUAAAUUUUUAACCACACUCGUCGUUAGGGCACUACAAUUCAUACAAAAAAUGUGUAUUGUAAAAAGGGAAGUAUGGAGUAUCAUAAAAAUGGGGGUAAGUGGAUGUACAUACAUAGGUACACGGGAAAAUAAAAGUAAACCAGCAGUAUGAUUUAGAAAUUUCAUAAAACGGAAAAAUUCAAAUAUUCUGAAACUCUCAAUUUUCGACCACCUCAAAAAUUUAUGUACGGAAACUUCAAAUAUUCUGCAAAUCUCAAUUUUUCAACCAUCCCAAACAUUUGUGUACGGACGUAUAUUAUUUUAAAUUAGUAAACGAAGAAAAAAUUGUACUUGACUUUUGCGUAUUAAAUUCAGUUAUUUAAUAGCAAAAUAUAAAAGCGAAAAACAUAAAUAUGAAGCUUUAAAUUUUAAAAAUUAAUAUUUGCGAAUUAUGCAGCAGAAACAUUGGGCGAUGUGAUUAAAAAUAAGCAAUUGCUUUUUCUUACAAUUUCAGACCUUUUACUCGAUUUAUUCAGACAAAAUUGAAGUAAAAGGUAUGAAGAAAAAGCAAUUGCUUAAUUUUUAUUCAUACGACCCAUUAAGUAGGUAUUAUAAAUAUUGGAUACAUGAAUUUUAAGGCGAACAUUUUUAAGUACAGAUAUUCAAAAAUAUAGGAAGUUAUAAUAAAUAGAUAAAAAAAAUAUUUAAAAUUGUAUAAGUAUUUAGAAAUGCACAUUUGCACUAGCUAUUAUAUUUUUCACAUAGAAAUGAAAUAUUAUUGUAUGUGCGGACAUAUGUAUGUAAGUAACCAUGUGCAAUACAUUUUAUAAAUUUUUUUUUCAAAUAUUUUAUUUCCUACUUAAAAUUCGUGCUUUUAUUAGUUUUACGAUAAAGUACUUAGUAGUUUCUCAGAUAUUUUUUGUUCUUAUGUAUACGAGUAUAUUUCAUUGAAUAAAAUUAUUUAAAAUCGAAUAUAAAUGUAAAGCAUUAUUUACCUAAUUUUCUUAACAGCAAUUUUUUCUACGAUUUUGU